GUCACGUUAUUCGAUCGUUGUGGAUCUUCCUCCAACUCUUUCCUCCUGAUUCAUACUCACUUGCUGGCGGCAUGCGACAUGUAUUACACGUGAGAUUUUAGGUUCUGUCUUCUGUUGUGUCUGAAAUUAAAUCGGAAGAAAAGGGUCUAAUUCCAGUCUUUAACUUGAUUUAAACGUCACGAACGUGAUGAAAGUAGAACGAUCUUACUUCGUAAAAUGCGAAACCUUGAGGAGUUUGUGAAAGAUUACUAAUGUAGAACUUGUGUCUCACGUGCCAAUCAAACAAUUACAUUGAUCUAACUGAACUAGGCUUAGUUUAUCUCAGUCAAUACAACUAAGUUAACUGAAUUAGUUUCAGUUUCUUACAACUGUAAGAAAAACUAAAAGUUGAACUGAACUGUUUUCACAUCACAUGUCCCUACCUCGUGAUGGCAAGAUUUUAACUGGAAAACCUUAGAGUUAACAUUAUCACAUCAUCUCAUUUCGUCUUUAGUCUUUAAAGAGCUACAGCAUCCCAUUAUGGACCAUUCUUAUAUAUCGACUUCUUACCUCUUUGAGAGCCUAACAAAACGUUAUCAAGAGGUUAUCCGUCUAAUGUUCUAUGAACAGAAAGAAACAGAACUGUUUAGUAUGCUAAGUAACGACGUGACCGUCUAAUUCUCCAAGAAUACAAAGAAAUGGGUAAUAUUUGACUCAAAGUGACAGAAUGAUUCAUUAAGGUAUACAAGUUGACAGUGCAACGACUGAUUUGAUGGUGUGUCUAUCUUGAUUGGAGCGGGCAUAAUUGUUACGCCAGUAGAAGUUUAACUCUCCUUAAGUAUGAACAGUAAAAAUCGAAAGACAGUAAGUAUCCCACGGAAAAUCUACAGCAAAGAAACAUAGAUUUUACCAUGAACCAGGGGUAAUGUCACAUGAAACAGAAGGAAACAUAACUUCUAAACUGUGAACUUCUGUAUGAUCUUGAACAAAUAUAUUAAGCCAUAGUUGAGUUUAAUUGUUUGAAGCCGAGAUGACGAAUCUCAAAUGGAAAGUUGUUGACAGAAUGAACCCUGCUGUUCAGUCUAAGCUCCUAGUGUACUCGUCUGCUGCUACUCUUCUCGGUUCUUACGAUAUCACAAGUAACUUUACUUCACUGGUGAACAGCACUGUUCAGGAAGAGAACAAGCUACCUGAGUCCCGAUACUCACUAGCCGAAGUCAUCUUGAUAGCUCUGGUCGCAGGCCUUCUAAGUCUAGGGACUGUCGUAGGAAACGUGAUGGUAAUGAUAUCUUUCAAGAUGGACAAACAGCUUCAAACCAUCAGCAACUACUUUUUGUUGAGCUUGGCUGCUGCUGAUGUCUCGAUAGGACUCAUUUCCAUGCCCUUAUUUACUGUAUUUACGUUGUUAGGAUACUGGCCAUUGGGUCCCAUGAUUUGUGACACGUGGCUUGCUUUGGACUAUCUCAGUAGUAAUGCUUCCGUGCUUAACUUACUGAUUAUUAGCUUUGACCGUUACUUCUCUGUCACUCGACCAUUGACCUAUAGGGCCAAAAGGACCACUAAACGUGCAGCCUUUAUGAUCACUAGUGCUUGGGUUAUAUCGCUUGUCUUGUGGCCACCUUGGAUAUACGCCUGGCCGUAUAUUGAAGGUCAACGGAAGGUUCAGGCUCACGAAUGUCACAUUCAGUUUUUGGAGACAAACUCCUAUGUAACAUUCGGGACAGCUAUAGCAGCAUUCUACUUGCCCGUCACUGUGAUGUGCAUUCUUUACUGGCGCAUUUGGCAAGAAACAGAACAGAGGAAAAAGGAUCUCACUCAACUCCAAGCUGAAAAGAGGACAGAUAGUAAAAAGUCAUCCUCUAGUGAUGACCCGGCAGAAGCCGAGGAGUAUCUCAGAACAAGAGCUGAUUCAUGUGUACCGGGUGAUACACUGGAAAGGACUUAUGUUCCAACCUCUCUUUGCGUGGAGGCUAUCAAGCCUCAGAAGAGCCACCCCCGAACUCUGAAGCAAGCCUUGGUGUCUUGGUGCAGAGUAGACAGGGAUCAGGAUGUUCAGGAAGAUGACAGUUCAAGUCAUGGAUCUGCUGAAGCUGAAACUCCGGGUUCACAUGAAACUCCCAUUCAGUUGUCUUCAAGAACAACAUCUGCAACAUUUAGGGCGCAGCGCCGUUUAGAUUCUGGAAUUCCUGUUAUCACUAGGAAUGGACCUAAAAGAACUGAAGAUAUGGAAACAAAUACAGUGGCAUCUCCUACUUCGCGAUCGUUUUCUUCAGAUUCUGUCUACACUAUCUUGAUUCGCUUACCGACAUAUCCAUCUGUCGGCGAUGGAGAAUCACAAGCUUCUAUAAAAAUGAUCCUAGAAGAAGAAGGCACCCAGGCAGAGACAAGUCUCCAUAAUGUGAAAGCCUCAGAGAGCAUGGGAGCUUUAAACAGUCAACAUCGUAUUUCUGGAGAGAGCCAAUAUCGACUUUCCUCGUUAAAAACAUCAGAAUCGGCGCUUGAUACCAUCCGACUUCCGCUUAAUACCAAACUAGUCCACAAGCAAGUUGCCAAAAACAGAGUGCCCAAAAGAAAGCGGAAACAACAGGAAAGGAAACAAGAAAAGAAGGCAGCUAAGACUCUAAGUGCUAUCUUGUUGGCUUUCAUUGUCACGUGGACACCUUACAAUGUGUUGGUAUUGGUCAAAACCUUAUCCUAUUGUGCGGAUGACGAGUGCAUCCCGGAAGGAUUAUGGAAUUUUGCUUAUUAUCUCUGUUAUAUUAACAGCACAGUGAAUCCAUUAUGUUACGCACUUUGCAAUGCUAACUUCAGGAGAACCUAUACCAGGAUUUUAUCUUGUAAAUGGCAAAACAAGAAACGGCACAUUGUCAAUCGAGGUUAUUUUAACUAAAUAUAAGAACUGUGUACGUAUAGCAGUUGUAAUGAGGUUAUAAAUUCUGACACCAACAUCCAGUAUUUUAUUUGAAGUGUUUAUAGUAAAUCCCUGAAAACAAGUGGCUCGUAUUGAAAUAGCUGCAUUAAUUACACGUAUUAUUGGGCAUUUGUUUCUGGUUGUCAGUGUUGUGGUUAUAUAUUAGUAUAAUAACAUCAGCAGCUGUAUAUUUAUAACGUUUAUCAAAUUAUCUUGUGUUUACUCUCUUUGAUCUAUAAUAUUUGAUUGCAUUUCUGGUUACUCAGCUGCUUGACUGUUCUACUUAUCUUUCUUUGUAUCUGUCUUCAUUUUGUCUCUUAUCGUUAUUAUCACGUAUGUGUAUAUAUGUAUAUAUCAAACUGUUUAUGUACGUAAGCAUUUGAUUCUCUAGCCUUUUCUUUAUGAAUACAUGAAAAUAUUUCCAUAUGUCUGUUAGCUUAUGUAAAUAUAUAUAUAUAUGUGUGUGUGUGUGUGUGUGUGUGUGUGUGCAUUUAUUUAUCUGUAAAUCUAGCUAGUUAGCUGUUUCUACGUCAUAUGGACCUAAUGUCUCUAAAUGCAUGUCAACUUGACUUUUUAAGUCUAAUAAAUUGUUUAAAUCAUUACAGUAAAUUGUAUUAUCUGAUCUUCUAACUGCUAUUGAAAUACAAAAAAUAUUCUUAUAUCACAAAGCAAGACAAGAAACAAACAAAACACUAAUACAUCUACAGAUUUUGUAUUAGUUUUAUCAUACUUGGUGAUUCAAUUAGACCUUGGGCGUGGUCAAAUACAUUAAUCGAAAGGGUUUGACCUGGUGAGUUCAAAACUAUAAUUAGUUCUCCAGUCGGUCAAACGAUGACGGAACCGUAAGCUAAAAGUUUGUACUUGAAAAACUCGGAGAAUUCUAUGAGCCGCUAUGCCGCGGCUUAUAAUGAAUUCAGUGUCUGAAACUUAGCUUGAGCAUCGAACAAACAAACAAAU